AUGGCUGCCAGAGAGCCAUCCAGGUACCUAACAAGGGCAUUGCCCCGCACCUCAGUGCCAUCAAUUCGCCCUCAAGGCUUUUUAUCGCGCCGCAAUGUCUCCGAUGAAGCCCCGGCGAGGCGUCUGUCGGACCACCUGACCGAGCUGGAAUCGGCGUCUUCUCUGUCAACGACUGUCCCAGACAGCGCAGCAGCAUCAUUCGAUCCGCUUGCACGAGCAGCUGCUCGCAAGAACCAGCUUCCCCGAGGCCGAUACCAAUUCCGCUCCCCCAAAUACAACCGUGGUCCCCUCCACCCUCACCAACCGCCGCCACCAUCCCACCCCUCCUCCAGGCUUCUCACCCGACAUCAUGACCCUGUGCUACGUGCACACACCACCAGGCUUCAAGCCUCCCCCCCUAAAUCGGCCCGUCUCCGCGAGUGGGACGACAGCUCGCCCUACCACAAGAACCGUGUCCUCCGCGGGCCCCGUGGCGGCGACGUCCUGCGUCUGCUCCGCAAGCCGAUCAAGUUCAACAACAUUCCGGAAAUCGAGCGCAUCACAAUCCACAGUUACGUCAAGAACGCCGCGGCUGAGAGGAACUCGUCUUGGCUGCAUGUCGCUGGUAUUGCCGUCCAGGCUAUCUCCAAUGUUCGCGUUGAGACUUUCAAGUCCAAGUCUAACGUUGCUCCUUGGGGUAUUGCGGCGGGCCGUGACUCUGUCGCUGUUAAGGCUGAGCUUGGUGACAGCAGUGGUAACAUCACUUUCGGUCUGAUUCCGGAGAAUGUUGCUCUGUUCCCCGAGCUUGAGAUCAACUACGAUAUGUAUCCUCCCAAGAUGAUCCCCGGUUGCCACAUCACUCUCCACACUACCGCCAAAACUGACAAGGAUGCACGACUUCUCUUGAGUGCCAUGGGUAUUCCUUUCUACGGCAAAAUUGUGAACUAA